UGGUGGCACUGGCUUUUGGAAAGUUGCGUUCGAGGAAGAGGACAAGGUGCAGCCCCAGAUCCUGGGGGGGCGGUGUGUCUGUGCGAAGCUGCUGCCCCCCAUUCCCCCUUUCCCAUUCCUAACCUCCAAGUGGUACUACUACCGAGGGGACUGGAGGACGACGCCCCCCUCCUGUGAAGUGGACUGUGUUCUUGCACACAGAAGAGGAGGAGGAGGAGGAGGAGGAGGAGGAAUAUGGCACCAACAGCAGCCCACUCCUGUCGACUGGUCGUAAGCCUCCUGAUCUCUGCCGCCGUCCUUAGGCCAGGCCUUGGAUUGUAUACUGUAAAUUCAGUAUAUGGAGAUACUAUUGUUAUGCCUUGCCGUCUCGAAGUACCUCAGACCCUUAUGUUUGGAAAAUGGAAAUACGAAAAGCCUGACGGCAGCCCAGUAUUUAUUGCCUUCCGAUCCUCUACAAGAAAAAAUGUGCAAUAUGAUGAAGUACCUGAAUACAAAGACAGAUUAAGCCUCUCGGAAAACUACACCUUAUCCAUCAGUCAUGCGAGGAUCAGUGAUGAAAAGAGAUUUGUGUGCAUGCUAGUUACAGAGGACAAUGUGUUCGAGGCCCCCACAGUGGUCAAGGUGUUCAAGCAACCAUUGAAACCUGAAAUUGUAAAUAAAGCACAAUUCUUGGAAACGGAACAGCUGAAAAAGUUGGGUGAUUGUGUUUCGAAAGACAGUUAUCCAGAUGUCAACAUUACAUGGUACAGGAAUGGAAGGACUUUGGACCCAUCAGAAGGUGUGAUCACAACUUUGCAAAGACAAGUGGAUCCCGCAACUCAACUCUCCACUGUAACUUCCUCUCUAGUGUACAAGACAACAAAAAAUGAUAUAAAGAUACCGUUCACAUGUUCUGUGACAUAUUAUGGUCCAUCUGGCCAAAAAACAAUUCAUUCCGAUCAAGCAUUCUUUGAUAUUUACUAUCCCACAGAGAAGGUGACAAUUCAAGUCUUGCCACCCAAAAAUGCCAUUAAGGAAGGAGACAACAUCACUCUAAAAUGCUUAGGAAAUGGUAACCCCCCUCCAGAAGAGUUUUUGUUUUACCUCCCAGGACAGCCAGAAGGGAUAAGAAGCUCGAAUACUUAUAUAUUGACAGAUGUGAGACGAAACGCGACAGGAGACUACAAAUGUUCUCUAACAGAUGAAAAAAGCAUGAUUGCUUCCACAACCAUCACAGUGCACUAUUUAGAUUUGUCCCUUAACCCAAGUGGAGAAGUUACUAAGCAGAUUGGAGAUGCUCUUCCUGUGACAUGUACUAUAUCUUCAAGCAGGAAUGCAACUGUUGUUUGGUUGAAAGAUAACACAAAGCUGCGAUCUAGGCCAUCAUUUUCCAGUCUACAGUAUCAGGAUGCUGGGAACUAUGUUUGUGAAACUAAUCUACAAGAGGUAGAAGGGUUAAAGAAAAGAGAAUCUCUGACUCUAAUUGUGGAAGGAAAACCUCAAAUUAAAAUGACAAAGAAAACUGAUCCAAAUGGAUUGUCUAAAACAAUUACCUGCCAUGUGGAAGGUUUUCCCAAGCCGGCUGUCCAGUGGACAAUUACAGGCAGUGGAAGCGUCAUAAACCAAACGGAGGAGUCCCCUUAUAUCAAUGGCAGGUAUUAUAGUAAAAUUAUCAUUUCCCCUGAAGAGAAUGUUACAUUAACUUGCACAGCAGAAAACCAGCUGGAGAGAACAGUAAACUCCUUGAAUGUCUCUGCUAUCAGUAUUCCAGAACAAGAUGAGGCAGACGAUAUAAGUGAUGAAAAUAAAGAGAAAGUGAAUGACCAGGCAAAGUUAAUAGUGGGGAUUGUCGUCGGCCUCCUCCUCGCAGCUCUUGUUGCUGGUGUUGUCUACUGGCUGUACAUGAAGAAAUCAAAGACAGCAUCAAAACAUGUAAACAAAGACCUGGGAAACAUGGAGGAAAACAAAAAAUUAGAAGAAAACAAUCACAAAACAGAAGCUUAAGAGAAAUAUUUUUCCCCCAAUUGCUGUUACAG